GUUAUAUUUACAAACGCAGAGCGGAAAUAAGAUCUACGUGACUUUGCAUUUUGGUUAAAUAUUUGAAACUAAACAACAGCAGAUAGUAAUUUACUUGAAAUUACUGAAGUCAAUCAUCUGUCGUGUGCUUCGAUCAGCUCGAAGGUGAAAUCAUGUCAACUUUACUGAAGGAAAUAAAGUGCUUCGACAAAGGAGCAGCUGCUGUUUUGGAGAAGGCAGAAUUACGCACCGACUCGAAGAUCAAGUUACUGACUCGAGAAGAUCUACGCGAUCUGUUUCCUGGACCCGAGAAUUUCGGUCUGAGAAAGGGAAUCUUUGGCAUAAUUCAAAAACAGCCAGUUAACCGGAUCCUUAGAGACUUGAAGGGGUUCAUCCCAGACCAGUUUCUCAAGGACGCUCUAACUAACAAUGGCGUCUUGGUGGAGUACCUCGGCAUGCUGAAGGACAUGAAGAACCAAAUGGAUAACGUCCAGAAUUUCAUUGAUGCUCACAUCGGCCUUCUGGAAGAAUUCAGCACAAAUCAGCCAGAGCGGCAAUCAGAAACCCCUGGACUGGAGUCCCACUGUGGACAACCUGAUGACCGUCCGCAAGACGCACGAGGUACAGAUGCCUCUGACAGCAGUGGUUCAGUGAUGCUCCCGACUGGCCAAACUGGUGAACAUCCACAAGGCAGCAUGCCAGGUGCACGUAUUCUGAACAUGUUUCGUCAAAUGAUGCCCUCGACUGUCUUACCCGUUUUUUUGCCAGGUACAAGUACCUCAGCUGCUUGUGGUCCAGCGAAGCACCAGUAUGACCAAACUGAUGUCCGUCCACCAGAAGCACAAGAUACAGAAAUCUCAGAUGCCAGCAGUCAAACGGUGCCCUUUACUGGCCAAACUGGUGGCUGUCCAGAGGCAGCAAACGGAGAGCCCUUCACCAUUUUGUCUCCACAGGACUUUGAGGAAACCACAUUGAGGUACCAGAUGGUUAUUGGUGGUAAAACCUUUAAUGCCGAAAAACAGCUGAUGGAGAAAGUGAAGGAACACAUUCGGGAUUCAGUUCCGUUUAUUGAAUCCAAUGAGGAUUACCAGAUCACAUUUGUCUUCUGUCCGAUCAGUUCCCGCGUUGCGUCAGAUGUUGAAGCAGUCAUGGCUGGUGUCAAAGGUGAUAAGCCUGUCAUUCUGGUGCUGAUGUACCACAUGCGUGAGGUCAAGCCCACGGCAUCUAUGAGAACAUGGAACGAGGACAAAAGAGUUGUGUUGCAUGUCAGCGUUUUCUACCAUGAGACAGUGUGCGGAUUACUGAAGUGUGGGCACAAUAAUGCUGCUGUCUCCGAGAUAUACAAAACAUUACAGGAGAGCUUUAACUGGGGUGGUUCGACUGGCAGUGCGUCUGGUUGUGGUUGGUUCAAAUCCUAGAAGGAGGUCAAUAGAAAAAAAAGCUAUAAUAAGAAAUAGAACUGGCAUUGUUGGUGGUGGUCUUGAUGGUGUUAAUUCAGCUCACAUUAUUUUUCAGUUUAAUCAUGUAAUAACACAGAGUUCUCUAUUAAUUAUGCGCGAUUGAAGUUCUCAAGCUUCGUCAUGUGACUUGUGUUUUGGCAGUUUUUGAAUCAGUCAACAUAAACAAAAACAAACAAAGCCUCUUUAAAAUACGCAUCACUUAAUAGAUCAAAGAAAAACAAGUGGACUUGAGCUGCCAUCGACCAUCAGACUUUAUGGGAAGUUUUGAUUUGAAGAAAAAAAAGUUUACAAUAGAAUUCCUCUAGCCGGAUGUACAGUGAUCAGUUUUGCCAUUAUUAUCUUUUCUGUAUAUAUUAAGACUUAAAUGUGCAGUAAGUAAUUUAAGAUUGUGAAAAAUUUUAGUAACUUGCUAAAGAAUUAACUUUGUGUAUUUAUCUAGGACAGGCACUCAACAAUUAAUCAAAAAAAAAAAAUGCUGGAUUUCAUUGUGAAGUUAUUUUACAGAAAGCAUAUUAAACGUGUGAUAAGUAUUAUACCUGAUACUUUCAAUAAACUACAAUAAUGGGUGUAA